AGAGAGAGACAAAGAGAGAGAGAGAGAGAGAGAGGAGAGAGAGAGAGAGAGGGGAACAUCCGGACAACUCCAACAAUGAACACCGCGGCGACCGCCGCCGGCCCCCCGGUGCCCCUGACGGUGCUGUCCCGCUGGUACCUGUACGCCAUCCACGGCUACUUCUGCGAGGUCAUGUUCACGGCGGCGUGGGACUUCGCGGUCAACCGCAACUGGAAGUUCCCCGGCGUGACCAGCGUGUGGGCGCUGUUCAUCUACGGCACGUGCAUCCUCAUCGUGGAGCGCAUGUACCUGAGACUGCGCGAGCGUUGCCCCCUGCUGGUGCGCUGCCUCAUCUACACCCUUUGGACCUACCUGUGGGAGCUCGCCACGGGGCUGCUGCUGCGGCAGUUCGACGCCUGCCCCUGGGACUACUCCCACUUCCGCUACAACUUCCUGGGCCUGAUCACGGCCGAGUACGCCGUGCCCUGGUUCUGCGCCUCCGUCCUGGUGGAGCGCUUGGUCAUCCACAACACGCUGAGGCUGCGUUACCACCACGCCCCUGGCAGCCAGGCGGGGGGCGGG